AUGAGCAAGAUACAAGAUUGUUUUCUCAUAAAGCAUAAAGCCAGACUCACAGUCAAUAACCUUCAGGAACCGCAUGCAAUGCCCUCAAUUUUCGGAUUUUCUUGCGUUCGGUCGAAUAUAGGAGAAAAAAGAGGGAUUAUACUCAGUUGUGUGAUCAAAAGAAAACGGAAGAGAAUAAAAGGUUUGAGGAAGAGGCGGAGAAGGCAAGGACGGAAGAAGAGAUCUGGAAGAAAGGGACCAAAGAGUAACAUGUUUGCCAAAAAGGGCAUGGUCAGAAGAAGAAAGAGUCUGCGUCCUCUUCAUACGAGUUUUCCAAUUUGA